GCUGUCUCACCUUUAAUUUAAAACCGGAACAAACAAACACAGAAAGUAGAGGAGCUGCAAAGUGUUUUAUCAGAUGUUAUUUUUAGCGGGAAGGUACAUGGUGUGACUUAAACAAGAUUAUUAAACGGCCUCCGUCGAUCUGCUUCAUCUGCCCCGCAUYUGGAAACAAAAACAAGCUAAAAAAUGAUGCAUUAAUUUAGAAAAUACUAAUUUUGUUACUUAAAUUUGUCCCGCUAGGCCGUGUUUUUGUUAUUUAUUUAACUUGAAUUUAGUAUUUGUAAUUAAAGACUUAGAAUGAAGGGCUCGCAUUUCGCCAGGACGAGGAGGAGAAGCAGCGAGGCUACCGUGAUGCUGUGUCCGCUCCUCGGUGCGUGUCUGUGGGCUGCGGUGCUCGGGUACAAGCCGGUGGUCGUGGUGCACGGUCUGUUCGACAGCUCGGAGGAUUUUAUCAACCUGAAGCGCUUCAUUAACCAGUCUCACCCGGGGACCAACGUGACGGUGAUCGACCUGUUUGACCGGAGCUCCAGCCUGCAGCCCAUGUGGAAACAGGUGGAAGGAUUCAAGGCCGCCAUUUACCCGAUAAUGCAAAAUGCAGCCGACGGCGUUAACCUUAUCUGCUACUCUCAAGGUGGGCUGGUUUGCAGAGGGAUCCUCUCCACUCUGUCGGACCACAACGUUCACUCCUUCAUCUCUCUGUCGGCGCCGCAGGCCGGGCAGUACGGAGACACCGACUAUUUUAAAGUUUUCCCUCAGUUUGUGAAGUCCAACCUCUACCACUUCUGUUACACUGGAGUUGGUCAACUGAUCUCCAUCUGCAACUACUGGAACGACCCCCACCACAGAGACCUGUAUCUGAACAACAGUGAAUAUUUGGCUUUGCUCAACAGUGAGCGACCCAACCCAAAUUCAACAGAAUGGAAGAAGAACUUCCUGAAAAUCCAGAAGCUGGUUUUGAUCGGAGGACCUGACGAUGGAGUUAUCACUCCCUGGCAGUCCAGCCAGUUUGGAUUUUAUGACGACAACGAGACGGUGGUGGAGAUGCAGCACCAAGACCUGUACUUAAAAGAUGUUUUUGGUCUGAAGACGCUGGUGGCUCGAGGAGAUCUGAUCUUCUGCUCGGUUCCGGGUGUGGAGCACGUCUGGUGGCACUCGAACGAGACCGUGUUCCACACCUGCAUUGAGAAGUGGCUGCUGUAGAACCACACACACACACACACCUAUUCUGCAGCUUACUGAGCUCUGUUAAAAAAAGACUUGUAGAUCUCUUUAAUCCUCAUCUUAUUUUAUUUUAGCUUUUAUUUAAAGGCCGACAGUUUGGACUUGUUGUUCAGCUUCGAUGAUCGAGAAGAUAUUAAGUCUCUCUGCAGCGAAACUGUUCUUCAGUCAGAAGGGAUUAAAUCUUCACCUUAAACCCACAGAACAACAGUCAAGUUUAAAAAAUGUAACCGCUGUAAUUAUUUAGUUUUUUUUUAAUGUAUUCGUAGUUUUUUGUGUGCGUGAUGCAGUAUGUUUUGAAGAAUCUUUAACACAAAACUACAAGAUGAGUAAGGCCUCAGAAUUCUGAGAAAUAAGUCAUAGUUUUGAAUAAGAAAAACUAAUUUCCACUGUGGCCCUAAUCCUCUGAAAGGUGUUUAUAAAUUUGUUAGGAAAUUUAAAUAUUUAUGACCCAACMAGCUGCUCGUCCAGUCGAGUUACAAACUUCCUAUAAACUUCUCCUUUUAUGUGUUUAUUUUAAGCUGUGCUCUUUGUGUUUUAAACUAAACAUCAUUUGUUCUAAAUGUGCGUAAGGUUUUGRCUGAGAGCUGCAGAACCUUUUAAACAAAAUGUGCACGCUAACAUUUAGCUGUAUGUUUAAAUUUAAUAGGUUUUUGGGUAUUUUUGCUGCUGAAAUAGCUUCCAACUCAUCAAGCAUGAUUUACAGCUUUUUGUUUUGUUUACAAAUGAUUAAGAAUUACUCCAUUAUGAUGAUAACUAGAUAGAUAAUUAUAAUUAUAAAGGGUUUUUUAUGAACAAGAAGGGAGGCUGAAUUUACAGAAAGGGAGAACAAAAAAAUGAGAUUUUAAUUCUUAGAUUUAGUUUUAGUUACUGUCAUCAGCAAAGGGAAGCAGAUAAAUGUUACCUUUUUGUACAACUGUUCUUAUUUGUUGUAAAGAACAUCCUGCUUAUUCUGCCUUUAAACAAUUAAAACCUCAGUGUCCUGUUUAAGCCCUUGUAGACGCGUCACAACCGAUACAAGCACUUUUAAUUUGGUGAAUUUGAUAUAUUUGUUAGUCAUAUCGCUGCACAUCACCAUGCAACACGACCGUGCCUGAACGACCUCCUGUCGUCUUUGUGUACAGAUUUACUGCCCUGCUCGUCUCGUGGCGCAGCUAUUUAUACUAAACCGUAUAAAUCCUUCCUGGUUGUUGGAUGGGAGACCCAUUAGCGUACAUGUCUGAUCUGAUAGUCUAUAAAUAUUUGAAUCAUUUUCAUGCAGUAGAUUAAGCCUGGACUGGUUCCUCUGCAUGGCUUUUUGUUUUCUUUCACCAAAGUGCUGAAAUAAUAAUUUAAAAAAAGAGUAAAUAUGUCUGACAGUGUUGUAAAACAAUUGCUUGAGGUGAUUUUUACCUUCCAUCGUGUUUAGAUUUCUCAGGCAUUUUAGUGACUUCCAUGUUUAUUAGAAAGGGAGUAUUUUUU